AUGCUUGUAAAAGCAUCAGCUGAAUCAAACAAAUGUGAGGUUGUGCAGGAAGUGGAAGAUUAUGGAAUGAUCUCACAGAAGACCUUUCAGGAAUCUCUCUGUGACCAAGUCCUUAUUACUCCCAAAGACCAGAAGUUGGCUUUCAACUUUGUCCAGGCAAAAUUGCUAGAUGGAGAGAGGCUUUUGCUUCUCUACAAUGGAGAACGUUUGGAAGUGAAUGAGAGCUGUGCUCUCUGCUUGGGCAUGAUAGUGACAGAAAAGCUUACUAUACGUGUUCUGGUUCCACCCUCUCUUGAAGCUGAACGUGAUUCCCGCUCAACAACCUCCAUCCCAGAGAACCCUAGUGUUUCUGAGAUUCGAUUUGGGAAUCUCAGCUAUGAAUUUGACAUUCAUGAUGUCAUGAUCAAUGACAUCAACAGUGGCAUUAAGAGUAAUUUUACCAUUCUCUAUCGUGUGUUCAACCCGGAUCGUUGCAAAUCCCCUGAACCUCCAUCUGAAGGGCGAGUUGUGGGAAAAGAUCAUCGUCUGGGUGGGAAGGUACAGUUUGUGUGUGAUCCUCCUUAUGAUAUGGUUGGGGAAUCAGGUUCUGUGUGCCAAACUUCAGAUGCAGGGAUUCCAGAAUGGAGUGAUGCCAAUGGGAAGUGUGAAGUAAUUUGUCAGGUGGAACCACUCAUUCGUAGGAUGGAAUCGGGUGCUAUCAUGAAUCCAGAGAAGAAUGAAGAGCAGUCAGUUUGUAAAUGGAAGAUUCAGACUGACAAUGACAAUGGGCUUGUAUCCUGGAUCCAUAUAGAGUUCAAGUAUCUUGACCUUAAGAAUGGCUCCUUGAGUGUCUUGCCUCUGAGAGAUGGAAUAGGAGGAAGGUAUGAGGAGCUGACCUGGAAGGUCCGUGGACGUCCUGAAACCCUGGUGAUACCUGCAAGAGAAUUGCUUGUUGAAUUCCAGUCACUUCAUUCACAGGAUGAAUUCUAUAUUUCAUACAAUCUCACUGCUGGUGAUUGUAUCCUGCCAGAUGUGGAUCAUGGCACUUGGGAAAACAUGACUGAAGCCAUGCAUCCAGUUACUGAAGGCACUGUCAGCAACAUUUCCCUGGUUCUGGAGGAAGAAGCCAUAAUUGAUGGAGGAAACAGUGAUAGAGCACCUGCCUCUCUUCUUGAUAUGGAAAUCAUGGAGUCAGUUGAUGAAGAUUCCUUUUUUGAAGGAACUGAGAAGCUCCUUGAAGUGUGGUUCACACGCAAGGAUGGCCAAGUUGCUGACUGUGACCUUCGCACCAUCCCCAGAGGAAGGUGGGAAUCUCUGUUGGAGUUGGCAAGGUGUGAGAUUGUCAGCAUGUGUCACAAUGAUGCCAUUGAUGCCUAUGUUCUCAGUGAGAGCAGCAUGUUUGUAUCAAAGCAACGUUUCAUCCUGAAGACAUGCGGGACAACAACUCUGCUAUGGUGCAUGCAGCAUCUUUUACGUCUUGUGAGCCAGUAUGCUGGCUUUGACACUGUGCAAGACAUGUUCUAUUCCCGGAAGAACUUCACUCGUCCGGAGCUCCAGCCUCAGCCUCAUAACAACUUCCAGGAAGAAGUCUCUGUGUUGGAUCAGCUCUUUCCUGGUAAAAAGUUUGGGGACUGGCCCCACAGUUCAGUUGUAAGUGUAUCUGUCACCUUCCUUUGA